AUGGCGGGUGCUCCCUCGCCACCCUCGGACAGUGGAGAUCCUUUUCGUGUGAAGUCCCUGCACUUCGCAUCAGCGCAAGACACGGUGGUCCCACUUCGUGAUAGCUUGCAAUGUGCGAAGGCCUUCCAGGAUCCCGAAGUGAUUGAGCACGAUGGUGGACAUUGCUUGCCGCAACGUGCUGAGGAUGUACGAAGCCUGGCCACAUUUCUGGAGACCCGCUGGGAGGAGACACGCGGAGUCGGCCGAGCUUGUUUUGCGGAUGUAGAAGCGGAGCCCAUGGCUCAUCAGGAACAAAAGGAUGAGGUUGAGGCCCUGUUCGCUAUGUUUGGGGAGGAUGAGCUAUGCGUGCUUAAGCCAGUAUGGCCUUUGCAGCUCGCCGUCCGCUUGCAACACGGAGAUAGCUUUGCUGCUAUGAGAUUCCUAUUUCCACCAGGCUACCCUCAAAAGGCUUCAUGUCUUUGCGAGCUAGAAGCCCGCGACCUCAGUUUGCAGGCCCAUGCUCGCGAGCUACUGGACGCUGUUGAGGCAGCGCGGGAACCACUGGGAUUUCCCAGCGUAAUGGCCAUGGUUCAAGCAGCCCAAGAGUGGAUAUCGGAGCAUGAAGCCAAAGUGACCGAGCGGGCCGCGGGCCACAGCACGGAGACGGGAGAGCUGCAGGAGGCAGAUGAUGGCCCUGAAGCCUGGUGGCUCCGCGAUGAGACUGAGGUCGACGAAGCCCUACUUGCGGAGGCGGAGCUGAAAGCAGGGAGCUUGCUUCCUGACGGUGAUGUCGAUAAGUCCUGGGCGCGGCAGUGUGGUGCGGGAAGCUAUGGCAAGCCCUGGGAAUUCAUUGUCGGGCUAGUUGGCAAGCCUUCCGCCGGCAAAUCUACACUGUUCAACGCGGCUACUUGCCCAGAAGUUGCGGGCAAAGAGGCAGCCAUGGACGAGUGCGAUCCAGAGUAUGGCAGAGCUCACAACAGUCAGCGGCGCUUCCCUCUCUUGCUGAAGGAUGUUGCUGGACUUGUUCCUGGUGCAUAUAUGGGCCGUGGCCGUGGCAACGCUUUUUUGAAUGAUCUCUGCGAUGCCGAUAGCUUGGUUCACGUUGUGGAUGCAAGUGGCCGAAGUGACUCCGAAGGAGUCGAUCAAGGCUCCUCUGCCGGGAAGACAGCGACAGACCCUAUGGAUGAAAUUGGCUGGGUGCGCAGGGAAAUCCAUUUGUGGAUCUUCUGCAAUGUUCGAGCAAAGUGGGAGACGGUCAGGAGGAAGGCCAAGUUGGCCAAGUUGAAUUCCUCACUGCGAGAUAUUGCGGCGGAGCGGCUGUUUGCCUUGUUCACAGGCUAUCGAGCUUCCCAGCAGUUGGCUGCGCAAGUUUACGAAGCAACAGGGCACAGCCUGCCUAGCUUGGCAGAGGACAUCUUGCAAUGGACAGAGUCGAAUCUUCACCUGCUGGUGGCAUGUUUUUUGCGAGUCCGCUUCCCGAUUGUGGUGGCGCUGAACAAGGCUGACACACCAGAAUCAGUAGAUCAUAUUCCACGCGUGCAGGCAGCCUUGGGCGAUGCCUGUGUGCCUGUCUCUGCUCGGAGUGAAUUAUGGCUCUGGCAGCAGAGGCGCAAAGGCACGCUGGCAUAUGUGGACGGCGGUGGUUCUGCUGCGAUCUCACUCUUGGGUGAUUCUCCCGAGGUUGCGGAGCAGGUGAAGCUUUUGCGUCAAAAAGUCCUGGACGUCUACGGCUCUACAGGUGUCAUGGAGGUACUUUCUCGAGCAGUCUAUCGGCGAAAGCCUAUCUUCUGCUGCCCUGUAGCCGACUUCUCAACCAUGGAAAGUCUGCAGAGGCCUGGUGGCCCGUCUGCGGGUGGUUAUCCAGGCGAGAAGACCAAGCCGACCAAACUGUCCACAAUGCUGAUGCUUCGGCCAUUCUCCACAGUGGAAGAGGUCUACACUGCACUGAAAAAUGAGCAAAUGGUGCGGGGGGAUCUUGUUCGAGCAGAGGUGCUUGUCAUAGAUGGCAGUGGUUCCACACAGGUCCAAGUUCUGCGCCGCGAUGACAUAUUGAAGCCGGUGGCUCGUCCCUCAGCUCAGAUUAUCCGCGUCCUCACCAACAAGAAGGCGAAGUAG